CCACUCCAAGGAAACAGUGCGUGUCUGUGUGUCCGUCAUAUAGUUGGUACGCGCGCGCACACACACCAAUUUUAGUUACACCAACCACAAAAAUCUUAAAAUGAAAAUUCUUGUAGCUUCUUUUCCUUUUGGUAUAUAAUAACUUCCGCUUUGAAUGAGAAUUGAUUCCUCUCGCCAACAAAAGAGGAGUUCGCUAUAGAGCUUUUGCUUGAACGAGGCGAUUGUCCCCUCUGCGAAAUGGACGACCAAGUUGUCCAGCGCGUCUUCCAUGAAGGAGGCCGCGACUACUAUCAACAACAGCCUUCUACAUCCUCAUCUUCCUCCUCCAUCCUUCAAUCUCUCCCUCUCCAUGUGUCUUUUGAUCAUGGCUAUUAUUUGUUAGUAAAAUCUAUCCAAGAACUUCGAGAGAAAAAAGAGGGUCUUGUAACAGUUGGCAUUGGUGGUCCUAGUGGUUCUGGUAAAACAAGCUUAGCAGAGAAGGUGGCAUCUGUUAUUGGUUGCACUGUUAUAUCGAUGGAGAAUUAUCGCAAUGGCAUUGAUGAAGGGAAUGAUUUGGAUUCUAUAGACUUUGAUGCCUUGGUCAAGAAUCUUGAGGAUUUGACCAAAGGAAAUGAUACACGGAUUCCUGUGUUUGACUAUCAACAAAAGAGACAUGUUGGAUAUAAAGCAAUAAAGAGUGCUUCGUCAGGGGUGGUAGUAGUUGAUGGCACAUAUGCUCUACAUGCAAAACUGCGGUCUUUGCUAGAUAUUCGAGUUGCUGUGGUUGGUGGUGUUCAUUUUAGCUUGCUUUCUAAAGUUCGCUAUGAUAUUGGAGAUUCUUGUUCGCUGGAUUACCUUAUUGACAGUAUUUUCCCAUUGUUUCGGAAGCACAUUGAACCAGAUCUUCAUCAUGCGCAGAUCAGAAUUAAUAACAGCUUCGUUUCAUCAUUUAGAGAAGCCAUCUACAAGGUGAAAUGCAGAAGCGAGUCUCCUGAUGGACAUUUGGGUUCUUCCUUUCAACAAGAUGAAGCACAAACAGACAAUUGUAUAGAGAUGUAUCUUAGACCUCCUUCAGCUAGUGAAGAAGCAACAAUCAAUGAUUGGAUCAAGGUGCGGCAAUCUGGAAUUAGAUAUUAUCUUUCCCUUGGUGAUCAGAGGAUUGUUGACAAAAAUUUCAUUAUCAGACCAAAGGCUGAGUUUGAGGUUGGGCGAAUGACAUUAGGGGGGCUGCUUGCUCUGGGUUACUCUGUUGUCGUUAGCUAUAAGCGUGCAUCUACAACAGUCACUAAUGGCAAUGUUUCUGUGUCUUUUGAAACCAUUGAUGCUCUGGGUGAGACGUACAUGGUGCUGAGGGGAACAAAUAGGAAAACAGUUGGAACAGAAGCAUUAAAGAUGGGGGUGUGUGGCCCUUGGAUCACCAAGUCAUACCUGGAAAUGAUUCUUGAGAGAAAAGGUGUACCUCGUCUCAGUACACCACCACUUGUGUCUAAUACACCUGGGUCUGGUAAUCAAGAAAGAGAAAUUGUUGCACCAAAGCCAAUUCGAGUUACCCCUGACCUUGUAACUGGAAUUGAGGAAUUGUCGCAGCCAUGGACUCGAUCCCCGAGAAAGUCCAAAAUGGAACCUGUCAUAGCAACUUGGCGUUUUAUAUCUUCAGAUUCAUCUAGCACUGACAACACAGCACUAGAUCCUUCAUCUUUCAGGGAUACUAUGAGGCUUGCUCCAAUGCCUGAUUCCUAUGACCUGGAUAGGGGAUUGCUUUUGGCCGUUCAAGCAAUACAGGCUUUGUUGGAGAAGAAAGGAGUUCCAGUCAUAGUUGGAAUUGGAGGUCCAAGUGGGUCUGGAAAGACUAGUUUGGCCCAUAAAAUGGCAAAUAUCAUUGGUUGUGAGGUAGUUUCUCUGGAAAGCUAUUAUAAACGAGUAAAGGAUUUUAAAUACGAUAACUUCAGCUCACUUGAUCUGGCUUUGUUAUCAAAGAAUAUUGAUGACAUACGAAAUGUUCGGAGAACAAAAGUUCCUAUAUUUGACCUGGAAAGUGGUGCUCGGAGUGGCUUCAAGGAACUUGAAGUUUCUGAAGAUUGUGGAGUGAUUAUAUUUGAAGGGGUUUAUGCUUUGCAUCCUGAUAUCCGAAAAUCUCUUGACCUGUGGAUUGCUGUGGUAGGAGGUGUUCAUUCACAUUUGAUAUCUCGAGUUCAAAGGGAUAAGGGUAGAGUGGGAUAUUUUAUGUCCCAAAAUGAGAUUAUGAUGACAGUAUUUCCCAUGUUCCAGCAGCACAUUGAACCACAUCUUGUCCAUGCACAUCUUAAGAUAAGAAAUGACUUUGACCCUGUUCUUUCCCCUGAGAGUUCAUUGUUUGUAUUGAAAAGUAAUAAAAAGGUUGCUUAUCAAGAUAUUCUUAUGAUUCUUGAUCCAGCAAAAUUUUGCAGUUCUGUUCAGAAGUUCAUUGAUAUAUAUUUAAAGCUUCCCGGGAUCCCCUCUAAUGGACAGUUGACCGAGGGUGAUUGUAUAAGGGUCAGAAUAUGUGAAGGAAAAUUUGCUUUGUUGAUACGUGAGCCUAUUAGAGAAGGAAACUUCAUCAUUCAACCGAAAGUGGAUUUUGAUAUUGGCAUUAGUACGGUUGCAGGUCUUCUCAAUCUGGGGUAUCAGGCAGUAGCUUAUAUUGAAGCAUCUGCGUUCAUUUACCAGGAUGGAAAGAUUCUGAUUGAGGUUGACCAUCUACAAGAUGUCUCCGGUCCAUACAUUCAGAUUAAGGGUGUUGAUAAGGAUGCUGUUGCAGCAGCUGGUUCAAUGCUUAAAUUGGAUGGUUCAUAUACUACUAAAAGUUAUCUUCAAAUAAUUUUGGAAAACCUACCUGCACUGGAAAGAACUUUUGGUGGCAUCCACUCUCAGCAAUCUGCGAGGAUGCAAGAAAUUGUUGAGUUUAUUCAAUCUCAGGGAAGCAGCUUAGCAUCAGAAUGCUCACCAAGAAGAGUGGCGUCCCCAAUGGAAGGGAUUAUCGAGGAGAUGCAAUCCAGGAUUAGAAGGCUAGAACGGUGGCUUGCUGUAAAUACGGUUUUAUGGACAUUUCUGAUGUCUGCUCUCGUGGGUUAUUCACUAUAUCAAAGGAAGCGUCAAUGAUACUCUCAAAAUACAAUACGGGGCUCAAAAGUCUUAGAAGUGACAAGUUCAUUUUUUUCUUGGCUCGACAGAAGUGGCAAGUUCAUAGAAGCUAACAAGUCACUAAUCCCUUGCCACAGAUUUUGUAAGACUUUCC